AUAAUUGUACUGCCACCCAUAUGAAUAAUUAUUCUACAUUAUUCAUUGUUGGAGAAUCUUAUGGAAAAUGUGUGAGAGCUGAAAUAAACAGAUAAAAAACUAUGAUUCAGAAGUAAAAUUCCAUUGAGUCUUUAUUUAGUAGGUGUCAUACAAAAAGAGGAACAGGACAGAACUGUGUUGCUAAACACAUCCUUGGGGCAGACUCUUUGUUGAGCCGUGAUUCCGUAAGAGGACGUGAUGACGACAGAGCCCACGGAUUGCUGAUGCUUUCAAAGUUCUGUUUAAAGUUGGGUUUGUGACCACGGCGCAUAAUUACUCACUAAACAAAGCAAUGAAAACUGAUAACUUCCACGCUUUUUAAUUAUUUCAAUUCAUUUGCCUAUGUGAUGCUUGAUAAAAUGUGACCAUAUACAAAUUAAUGAUGUCAUGAUCAAGAAGGCGCGUAUGUAGUGGUAGACCGAAAGAUUAGAAAAGUAUCAGCGACAAUUCUUCAUCAGAAAAUCCUAUCCUUUUGGGCCGACAAUUUUCUGGAUAAUUAAUCUAGUGAUGAUAAAAGUGUCACAUUUUAUGCGACAGAGCCGUGCCACUAUAGGCCAAUAUUAGGGCAAGGCCAAAAUGCUAUCGCUUACUAAUCUUAGUACGGAUUUUCUGCAAGCUCUUGAAUGCAGCACAAGCACCUCCUACAUCCAGUGGAAAACCGCUAUCUGUCAGGAAAAAAAAACAUCCGAAAUCCGCUACAUGGCCACGUAUUGUCGACAAAGUUUCGCUUUAACAAGUGUUUAUUUUCGGGGUUUGUAACCUCCGGAAGCAUGUCCGGACAGAGGUAACCGCACUGGGACUGCUGCUGCCUCCUCAGCCUGCAGAAGGUCGGAGCAUGACGGACGGACGGACCCAGAUGGAGAGGCCCGGCAGGCUCCUGCUGCUGUCCGAGCUCCGCGUCAGAAACGCUGCGUACGAUGUGAGCCUGAGCCGGUCCCUGCUCACCUGGAAGAGACGGGUCUCCAGCCCGGUGUACCACCCGUUCAGACCCAGUGUGUGCCACAGCGUGUCAGUGUCAGAGAUCAUCUCUGUCAGAGAGGAAGAGGAGAACGGCAGCAGACCUAGUGACGAUGGCAGCUGGAAAAAGAUCAAGGAAAGAGAUGGAAAGGACUGCGGGCAGUCCUUUACAGUAAUGUACGUGGAUCGGUGUCGGCAGCACCGCUGGCGAUGUGCUGAGGUCACCUUCACAUGUUCAGACGAGACACUGUGUCAACGUUGGGUCAGCAGCAUCAGAGACCAGCUCUCUACCAUCACCAGCAGACCUAAACACCUACUGGUCUAUAUCAACCCGUACGGUGGGAAGCGGCAAGGCAAACGCAUCUACGAGCAGAAGGUCGCCCCCUUGUUUGCCCAGGCGGGCAUCUCCACACAUGUUAUAGUGACGGAGUACGCCAACCAUGCCCGGGAUCACCUGAGGACGCAAUCAGACCUCAAGAAGUUUGAUGGUGUGGUGUGUGUUGGAGGGGAUGGCAUGUUCAGUGAGAUCAUACAUGGGCUAAUCUGGAGGACGCAGAUAGAUAGUGGUGUGGAUCCAAACUGUCCAGAUGAAACACUGUCUGCCUGCUCGCUCCGCAUCGGAAUCAUUCCUGCAGGUUCAACAGACUGUAUUUGCUUUGCCACUGUGGGCACCAAUGACCCUGUCACCUCUGCACUGCACAUCAUAGUAGGAGACUCCCAGCCGAUGGACGUGUGUUCGGUUCACCACAACAACACGUUCUUGAAAUACUCUGUCUCCUUGCUGGGAUAUGGUUUCUAUGGUGAUGUGCUAACUGACAGUGAGAGGAAGAGAUGGAUGGGACCAGCCAGAUAUGAUUUAUCAGGUCUGAAAAUGUUCCUGACUCAUCAUUACUACGAAGGAACAGUGUCCUAUCUGCCAGCCAGAGGUAUCAUAGGAACACCGCGAGAUGCUGCCAGAUGUCGCUCUGGCUGUGUGGUUUGUCAGCACAACGGGCAGCUACUUUCAGAGAAAGCUGAGAAAUACGAGAUGGAUAAAGUGUCAGAUUGUGAGAGUGAUGAGUGGAGGACGGUCCGAGGGAAGUUCCUUGCUAUAAACGCUGCCAGUAUGAGCUGUGCUUGUCCUCGUAGCCCUAAGGGCCUCUCACCUGCCGCCCACCUUGCAGACGGCACAACUGACCUCAUCUUAGUCCGCAAAUGUUCCCGCUUCGACUUCCUCAGACACCUCCUCCGACACACCAGCAAAGAUGACCAGUUUGACCUGACUUUCGUUGAAGUUCACCGCGUACGGCGUUUCCGCUUCACCCCACGUCACUGUCAGAGUGAUUCAGAUCUGGAGUUGGACCUGCAGGAGAAUAACAAACGUCAGAUCUUCAGCCAAAUCUGCCGAGACCACCCGGCCUGUGGCUGUGCGCCUGUCUACAGCAGCUGGAACUGCGAUGGUGAAAUCUUAACCCACACAGCCAUCGACGUCAGAGUGCACUGCCAGCUGAUCAAGCUGUUUGCACGAGGGAUUGAGGAACCGCCUGUGUUUGAGGAUCUCUCCAACCCUUGUGCAAUAUAGAUCUAUGACCCCUGUUGUUCCCUUUCAGACACUGGAGACGUUUCUCUUUGUCUGUCACUGCUGCCUCUGCCAUCAUGUGACACCCAUCAUGUCUUUCACCAUGUGACUCAAUGGGAUUUGCUGACUCAGCAGUGAAUCAUUUAUGUUCCGUGUCUGAAAGAUCAAAGUGAUUUUGUCAUAGACAGAAAGUCUGUCUGUCUGUGUAGUUUCCCAGUGUGAAAGUGUUCACUGGAAAGUAGCAGCGUGUUGCAGAACAGGAAUCGCAGACCUGGAGAGUAAAGCUUCACUCUUAGAUUUCAGAUUUGUUCUAGCUGACUCUAGUGUUUGGCUCUUGAUUUAGUUACUACUCCAUUCAUGAAAGUGAGGCUUUGUUUUGUCAGUAUUUCUUUCAUCAGUGCAACAUGGGCUUGGUUACGUCUUCAUUUCUGAGAAAGGUGCUUAUAUGUCAUUGUCUAUGAAAUGACCUGUAGAUCUUAGUCUUGAGUUUGUUCUCACUCCUUCUUUUCUGUUAUGCCAGACUUGCCUCUGUCUCAUGGGUGUAUGGACUUGUUGAGGUUAGAUCAUAUUAGUAGAUUAGAGACACGUCUUAUAUAGGUUCAGUUAUUAUUUUGAAUUAUCUGUUACAUGUUUAUAGGACGCCAGGCACCUGCCAGAGUCAUUCCCAGAGCCAGGUGAUUGUUAGGUUUUGGGAUUGAUUCAUUUUCAAGUAGAAAGCAAAUCCCCUGCAAAUGGACAGUAGUUAUGGAGAAGCAUAACGCCGACUUUUCCUCUCAGGCCUCUGCUUCUCAAACUGCUCUGUUAGAGUUGUCUCCAGGAAGUCCUGAGCUCAAUCGUAACUUUAAAAUUGUAUUUUUACAUAUUUUAGUUUUUGGAAAUUCAAGACAAAAAUAUGAAAAAUGUCACACUUUAAUUUCGGUCCAAAAAAGCUGCGUGUCAGUGUGGUUGGUGGCUGAGUAAGCUGAACAGCGCACAAGUGAAUGUGAAUCUUCCAUUUCUGCUCAAUAUGCAAAUGAACUCAGUCUGAGCAAAGACAAAACACAAAGAAAAAUGCCUGAAGAAUUACUGCUUUAACACACACUUAAUGGUCAGAUACAUGUCUUCAGUAUGAGUUCAAGCUGUAGCCGUUUAUUUUCAGUACAACAUGAUGAUCUGAAUUUGUCUGUCUGGUUAAUAUUACCUCAAGAUACUUAACUGAACCUUCCACAAAUCAACAAAGAUUCAUAGGCAACACAAAUAUAUUUUUGCAGACAAAACAUUCUUAAUUUAUUUUAUUCCACUGUUCAAUGUCUCAAUGAGAUACCCUUGAGGGCCAAAAGUAUGUGGACAGCUGAACAUUGCUGCACAGGUGGGGGUAAUGCUAAGACGCAAAAGGACAAAAGUGAUGCAAAAAUGUCAAUACACCACUAGACAAUUCGGAAAAGGACAUAAAAUGUAAUGAUUACUAAAUCAUAACGGCAUCUUGCAUUUAUUUCCAUUGCAAUUAUUUCCAUCACAAUUUGCAUUGCAUAAAUAGACAUAAAUAGAGUAAUCCCAACCACAAACUGAGGGCUUGAACUGUAAGGCAUUGUGAAAAGUUUGGGAACCACCUAAGCAAGGAAUGUGGACUGAGCUGUCUGCAAACUUUUGGCUGGAAGUGUUUGUUUAUUGUCUAAGUCCCAAAAAAGUUUGUGUCUAAAUUACUUCUCCUCACUGUGAGAGAUGCGGACAUGUCAAUUGUGGGAUUGUUGAAGAAAACAUGUCUGUAAAGUCCAGUGUUGAUAUUCAACCAUCGUGUCCAUGGGUAACACAUUCACAGCACAUUCUCCUUGACUCCUACCUGAUCUCUGUAGCUGCUGCUCACUGUGUCCACUGGGUUCAUUUUCUUCACAAAUGCAAUCUGCAUGUAGCAGAACCACCUGUACUGGUAUUUUGCUAAGGUCCACACUAAUAUUAUAAGAGUCACCAAGAACUAGGGAUGGUGAUGUCUUGUCUGUUUCUUUGAUUCAUGUAUACUGUAUAUGUUCAUGUUAUCUGCACAGAGAGUGAACUCAUUAAAUCAGUUAUGUGGGAAAUGAUUUUAACUUUGGACAGGAGAUUGAACAUCAGCACUGGACUGUUUGUUUGUUUGUUUGUUUGUUGACCAGCAGUCCUGUUUCCUUUCUGCAAAUGUCGAGCUGGACUCACGCUGAUGGAGGAGGGAACCAGUAGCAGCUCCCGGUGUUCCAGACACCAACCAAUCAGCCAUCAGCUUUAUCCUGAUCUUAAUCUGACCAAAGGCCAGCCGGGGUUUACUGAUGUAGCCGUCAGUCUGUGUGUCUGAUUCUGUUACAGUUGUAGCUAAGCCAUGUGGUUUUCACAGGUUCAAACUUUCAGCCCAAAUCGAAACCGAUCCAUGAAAACGGCACACGUUUCUGAAGUACACUUAAGGAUGUUAAAAAUUCCAAAAUGUUGAUUAUAGUGACUAUAUUGAAUGAAUGGCUCACAGAUUGAGCUUUUGUAGGAAGCAAGCAGACCUGUGAAAACCCUCAGCUAUGUUGAUUUAUCUGAUAAAGUUGUAUACAGUCAAAUUCUGCUGUAAACCCCCACACUACAAACCAAAUGUUUUAACUUGUGCACACAGAGGUCGACUGAUGAUAGAUGACUGAAGUUGAUUUUUAAUUAGGAGAGGAUGACUAAUAUGUAUUCACAUUUAGCCAGCUCUGAUUGUUAAUGAAGUGUAUUAGUAUUUAGGCAUUAUUGUGACAUUUUGUGCUUGAUCAAAGCUGCAAAUGGUCCAUUGCAUGAUUACAGGAAGUAGUUGGUAUGGAGUAAAUGUUGCCACUGUAACUAUUAAAGAGUAGUUUUGCUAAAGUUUUGAUCUAGCAGCUGUGGAUGUUGCUUCUUAACAAUGUUGCAGGUGUACCUGCAGGAAAGGACAAGUCCCUCCAGGAAAAUGGCAUUGCUUAAUGCUAUCUAAUGAGAUAGUGACCAGUCUAUCAGGCAAGCUCACAGCUGGCAAAAUGGAGGCAUGCAAUCCCAUACAUUUUAUCUUUGUACCCAGCUAAGUUUACUAUGCACUUCCUCAUUUAUUGUAAACUGGAAAGUGGCGGGUGGGCGAACAUGAUGAAGUCAAUGUUCACCAGAGGUGAAGUAGUCAUGACAUUUUUGUUUAUGUUCUUCAUCCCAUUGUGAACUCACUCCAUCCAUUUAUUUAUCUAGGGAUAUUUCAGUUUUGAAUCCAGACGUGACCAGACCUUAUUUACACCCACAUAACUGCCCACAGUUAAUUCUGAGUUGUAGAUGUAGGAAUUAUGACAAGACACUGCAGUGUCACCCACUCGGUGAAAUGAACAACCUAAACUGUUUGGAAAUUAGUGGCAAAAGCAUGAGGUCUUGUGAUAAUGAUGACAUGUAUUCUAGUAGUCAGCAAGCUAGCUAUACCGGACAAUAACGCACAGCUGGUGAAGGAAAGGGAGCAGCUUUUGCUAUGUCCUAUUUUUUUAUUAUUUACAGGAGUACAAAUGCAGUAUAUCAGCGACAUGCAUCUAAUAUAAUAACAUCCUCAACUUUGCAGACUCCCUCCACAAUAGUAAACACUGUCAAGACAGUUUGAAUGAGAUGAUGCUGUCAAGAAUGUUGCUGAUAUACGACAGUGUAGAAAAACUAAUUUUAACUUGGAUGUAAUCAAACCGUCUCUAGCACUGUGUUAAACAUGUAGGAUAAACUACAGUUAGAUAUUAUGCGUAGCAUCAUUUAAUCAUAUUUAUUUUUCUGAUUAAUAAUGUAGCUUGUAAAUCCAAACACACUUACUGGUUCAUCUUUUGUCCCCGUAUGAUUUUGAGAGUCAUUAUUCUUUCUUCAGAUUUUAGUGAAGAAAUGAUGUGUCAGCUCUGUGAAGCAUUUGCUCACAGAGUAAAGUCCUGCUUACAGGGAAGAAGUAUAUUCUCAAACACUGCAGUUAAACCUGACAGUAAAAACUAUUUUUUUUCUAGCGAAUCAGUCGACCUCUUGCUGUAAUGUCACCUGUAAACUCUAUCUUCUGCUGUAGCUGUUGCAUUAUCAGGAAGUAAAAGCAUUUUCAACUCUCA